AGAGACAUCAGGCAAAAAAGUUGAGUUCUAAGUGUUCCGGGUCAGUCCGGACUUACCGUGUGACUCGGUACUCGGAGAGGUCUUUGCCGGGUCGACUCCUCCUCCCCCGCUCCUCUCUACAAACAGAUAUCAAGGUCAGCGAUGUCUGGAGGCCUACACUCCUCUGUCUCCACCACCUCCCUGAUGGAGGUCAGAACUGAGACUCACCUCGUCCUCAAAGCUUUCCUCAAUCGGACUUUGACCAUUCCUGCAGAGGAGAGGCCCGGCAGAGUCGGAGGUGCUUACAGAGACCACAGCAAAUUCAGCUCCAAGCCUCGACUAAGACCGAAGGAGGCUCCGUGUUCCGCAGCGGAAGACGUCAGUUCAGCAGAUGAGAAGAAGACCAGCUUCAAAGGCUUGAUACGACAGCUGCCUCGACGCUACAGCAAACACCGCUCUCCCAAAGACUCGCUGGACAGGGAGCACAAGGACAUGUCUCCCUCCUCUACAUCAGAAGACGAGGAUGUGGAGAAGAAACAGCAGAAGAAACAGAAACACAGGAAAAUUAGAAAAAAGCUCUCAAAGCUCUUCAGGAUAAGAAUAGAGAAAGAGAAGGACAAAGACGAGGACGGCGGCGGCGAUGCUAAAAGACCCACGUCUCCCGUCAAAGAGCCAGCAGAGGGCGUCUCUUCCAACCAUCCUCCUGGGUUCUACGAUGAUGUGGCCGAGAAGCUGGACAAGAUCGCUCAGAGGUCCACCAGUAUAAAGAAACCCAGGCCCACGAUCCAGGUUUCACCAGUCCGUGAAAAUGUGGGUGACAAAGAUGCUGUGAUCCAGCAGCUGGCUCAGCUGCUCUCCAUGGAAGGAGACCUCAUCAACACUAAGAUCCAGUCUGAUCCCUUCCUGCGCUCCACCUUCGCUCGUCUCUCUUACGGAUCGUUUGCCAAACUCCUGGACACCUGCAGCAGCUCUCAGGUUUCUCUGGCCCCGGUGCUGCCCCCUGCACGCAGUCCAACGCUACAACGCCUGGCUGUCACUAUGGAGGUGUCACGCCGUAUAGUGACGGCCACGGGGGCAGUACGCAUGCAGGGCUACGCAGAGUGCUACAUGGAGAACUUUGCUCCUUGGGUCAAGAGUCAUGGAGGAUGGGAGAAUGUAGAGCUUGAAGAAUUUGAUUGAGCUCACAGAGUCUUCAGGACCAGUGAUUCCAGAAUCCUCCUUGGCUCACGCUGUUUAUGGGAUUGAUUCUCAAAGACUGGGUUGCGAUAUCUUGUGAGUCGCAUAUUGCCCCCUACUGGGUCUAUUUGACACUGGUCUCUAGCUAGAAACUCAAGUCUCUUGAAGGUAAAACAAAGACAAAGAGUGAAGCGAAAACCUUUUUUUAAAGUUUUUAAAUAUGUUUUAAAUUAUUCUUUUGAUUAUUCUGUAAAAAGAUCCUGACAGCUUAUAAUCUGUUUACAGUAAAAGAAAAAAAAAAUACAAUGCGAGACAGAGCAGAUGAAGGAUGAGUAAAAACACUGGAGCCAAACCAGUUGUUUAACACUAUGAUGUCCUUUUAAAACUGGUCGGUCACUAUAUACUACUGACAAAAAUGAAUGGUAAAAGUAGGUGUUUUUUAUUUAAGUUUUUUUUAAAUGUUUGCUGCUAUUGUCUUUUUUAAUUUUUUAUAAAUACACUUCAUUUUUUGUGCCUAUUUAAACAGUCAAUUUGUCGAAAAAGUCAAAAUGUUUUUGUAAACAGAUGAGUGACAAAACAAAAUAAUUAAUGGAUUUUAAUAUUAUAUAAGAUGAAUUUUUGAAGUUUUCUGUGUUUUACUCAGGUACGAUGAACAUGGCACCAGAAUCACGACUGUAUAAAUUAAAUUUUAUAGUUUACUGAACUCAUGUUAUAUUUACUGUGACUGUUUACUGUGACUGUCAGUCAAAGUACUCUCUCAGAGCAGCUGCCUUGGAAUCAACGUCAGAACAGGAUGGAAUAGAAAAGGAAUAAAAUGAAUUCAAAACUUGUGUUAAAAGUUUACACCAGGUUUCCUGAAUGCAUCACCUUUAACCUCAGGUGACCGCAUCCCUCCAUAUGUUGCUCCAUCUGCCAAUAUACAUACAUGGGUGUCAAAUAUCUGAUUGUGUAUGUGACAGCGACAAACCUCUAUCUUUGCAGUAAGAAGGUCACCCGUUCCAUCCCUUCACUCUACACUGACCUUAGGUGUGAAUGUGAGCGUGAAUGGUUGA